GGUUAUUGUAAACUUGACACUUUUUAUGUCAGUUCACUGUAGGACACAAGUUUUGACUGAUAAAUCUUAAUCUUGUUGAUGAACUUACGUAAUUAUCAGGUUGGAAUAAGUUAUUGAUAUUUAUAUUUAUUUUAAAAAUGGUAGUUAGGCACAGUGUUGAAGGGUACGAUAAUUUUUUAAAGUUCAUGGAAGAUCUGAAAGCCGAUGGGCAAGUUAUUGUUAUUUAUAGCGGAAGUAAACUUGAUAAUGGUCUCAGCUGGUGCUCGGAUUGUGUCGAAGCCGAGCCAGCUAUCGAAGAAGGCUUGAAAGUCGCUCCCGAGUCUUCGCAUAUCGUUCAUGUUGAAGUUGGAGAUCGUGCUUAUUGGAAAGAUUUUAAAUGCCCGUUCCGUACUAAUCCGAAGACUAAAUUAAAUGUCUUACCGACGAUGGCUCUCUGGGGCACCCAUAAACGUUUGGAAGGCGAGCACCUUCUUAAAGCAGAUUUAGUUAAGAUGCUUGUUACCAACGAAGACGAUUAGAUUUAUAGUAAACAGACAAUUCCUUCUGAUUUGUUUUUUAUUCAAUAAAAUGUAUAAAGUAUAACAGAAAUAAAAUUUUAAUAAUUUUAUAAAUUUAA